UCACUGGCCGCCAAAGCAGGCCUGGGAAUAACUUUUUCAAGAUGCUGAGCCUGAAUUCAGAAGGGGAAAGUUGUUGUUGUUUUGUGUUUUUUAUUCUUCCUUCUCUCCAGUGCCAGAGAAAGGCUGGAUGGAGCUGGCAUGAUUUCCGGAGAAUCUGGCCCGCGACGCCGAUGAAUUCCUAACUUUGGAAGUCCUCGUUUCUGGCUUUCUGAAGCGCUCCGUUUCCGCCAUGACGUUCGCCGAGCUCCUGGAUCAGAUCGGGGGCAUGGGCCGCUUCCAGAUCCUGCAAGUCACCUUGCUGGUGAUCCCGAUUUUAUUAACGGCCACCCAUAAUCUGCUCCAGAAUUUUUCAGCCGGGAUACCCGACCACCAUUGCCGGGUCAGGCUAGUGCACAACAACGGCACCGAUGCCCGUCCCAACCGGACUCAAAUGCCAACCGGCGAGGAAGACCUCUGGGGGAUUCCCAAAGAUGCCAGCGGGCAACCCGAGAAAUGCCUCCGGUUUGUGGCCCCCGAGGGGCCUCCACUGAAUGCCAGCGACGAAGUUGGUGGCAACGGCACGGCGACUGAACCGUGCAAGGAUGGAUGGGUUUAUGACCGAAGCAUCUUCGCAAACACCAUCAUUAUGGAGCCUCCAAAGUGUUGA